AUGACGAAGAAGUUCGUCGAUGGCUUCAAGGAUGGCGAAGACGAAGCUCAGAUCGACGUGCGGCUGAACAUGCUGGAUGAUGCGUUGGCGAAGUUCUACGUCGUGCGGCGCAAGAUCGACGUCCUCACUGAUGUUUUCGGGGUUGAUGCUGCUGGAAAGGAGAAAACACAGGAUGUAGAGGAGCACACUAAGGCGUUAUGGGAGUUCGAGAACUUGUACUGUGAGUUGAAGGCGAAGUUGCUGGCAAAGCGGAAGGAGGAAGCACCCACGCAAGCGGCACCUGCUCAGGCGAAAUCGACUGUUUCGCGCGUGAAGCUGCCCGAAAUCAAGCUGCCGUCGUUUGGAGGAAACAUCACCGAGUGGAUUACUUUUCGGGAUUCCUUCAAGUCGCUGAUCCAUAAUAGUGAAAACCUAUCAGAUUUCGAUAAGUUUACUUAUCUUCAGUCUUCACUGUUUGGAGAAGCGCUUGCUGAGAUCAGCACAGUGCGCGUGUCGGAUACGAACUACCAGGUGGCGUGGGGCGUGCUGGAGAAUCGCUACGGGAACAUGAAGCUGAUCCUGAAGAGCCAUCUCGACGCCAUCUUUGCUGUUGAGCCCGUACGAGACGAGUGCUUUGAGGCGUUGAACCAUCUGCUGAGCGUGGUGGACAAGAACCUGCAGAUGAUCAACAAGCUCGGGGUGAAGACUGAGGAUUGGUCCAUCCUGCUCGCUCACGUUGUCACUAGCAAGUUGGACGCCGCAACAUUGCGCCACUGGGAGGAACACAACAAGAAGUCCAAGGAGUUCGUGAAGUACGAGACGCUGCUGGAGUUUCUGCGGGAACAGUGCGGAGUGCUGCAGACGAUCGAUUCCAUGAAGAAAGCUACGAGGAACGAGCGUCGCCCGCCGAAGUACGCGUCAAGUCACGCUGCGUCUGCUGAGCCAAGCGGAUGCUUUUUUUGCAACGGACCUCAGCACAACGUGUUCCAGUGUUUUGCGGUCAAGAAGAUGAGCUGUGCAGAGCGUGUCGCGGUUGCCAGGAGGAAUAUGCUGUGUUUCAACUGUUUGCAGCCUGGUCACGUCGUGGAAAAGUGUACGAGAGGAUUUUGUUCGAUGUGCAAGCGGAAACAUCACACGCUUCUUCACGAGAACUUUGGCCAAAGGUCGAACGCUGCCGCUGCAGGCUCGAACGCGUCGCGACCUCAUUCAGGGAACACACCAUCCACAAACUACCCACAACAGAAGACACAAAGCCAAACCCGUCACACACCCACUCAAUCUACACAAAACCCUACACAGACACCAGUCUCGCAAAGCUCACAACCACAAAGCUCACAGCUCGCCACAGGCCACACAGCAGCGUGCAACCUGUCGUCGUCCCUUGUUCCAAGUCGUACGGAGGAGGUUCGAGAAGUGUUGCUGUCCACGGCUGUUGUACGGAUUUGCGAUUCGCGAGGUCACACACUGUUCGCUCGAGCACUGCUUGACAGUGGCUCCCAGCGAAACCUGAUGACCAAGGAGUUCGCGCGUAAGCUGAAAUGCAAGCCGCAGUCCGACUACCUGCGAGUGAAAGGAAUCGGCGUUGCAGAAUCCACUUCCACCUUUGCGGUGACCGCUACUGUUUGCGCUCGUUCUUCAGCGAUUUCGGAGUUCGCAGCAUCGAUGAGGUUCCAUGUUUUGGCGAAGGUCACGGCGAAUCUGCCGUUCAACAACAUCGAUGCGGAGCAGCUGAGCAUUCCAGAGGACGUGAAGCUGGCGGAUCCGCACUUCUACCGCCCUGGACCUGUGGACAUGAUCAUUGGAGCAGAGCAUUACUAUGACCUGUUGUCCGAUGGUAAGAUGAAGCUUGGAGAAGCAAGCCCGACGAUCCAGAACACCGAGCUCGGCUGGGUGGUGUCUGGCGUUGUCAACGGAGUAGCGGCGAAGCUGCCACGAGUCGUAGCGAACCAGAACUCAGCAGAAGCAGAAGCAUUGGCGGAGAUCAACGAUUUACUGGCCAAGUUCUGGGAGUUGGAGUCGUGCCAGACGCCGAGUACACAUUCGCUCGAGGAGAGCGCCUGCGAGGACCUGUUCAGGGCGAACACCGUGCGCGACGAGACCGGUCGGUUCGUCGUCAGACUGCCGAAGAAGCAGACGAUCCUGCAGAGUCUAGGCGAGUCGAGAUCGAUCGCGAUGAAGCGGUUCUACGGGCUGGAAAGGCGGCUCACCGCUAAUCCAGAACUGAUGAAGCAGUAUUCUGACUUCAUUCACGAGUACCUGGAAAUGAGACACAUGGAGGAGGUGAAAGAAGACACGGAGGAGAAGCAAGCGUAUUAUUUACCUCACCAUGCUGUUCUGAGACCAGACAGUACGACCACCAAGCUGAGAGUAGUCUUCGACGCCUCAUGUGCCACUUCGUCUGGAGUCUCGCUGAACGAUGCUUUGAUGGUAGGACCGGUGGUCCAGGAUGAUUUGCUGACCAUCAUUCUUCGCUUUCGUUUGCGGAAGAUCGCCGUCGUGGCAGACGUCGCAAAAAUGUACCGCAUGGUGAACGUUCACCCAGAUGAUCUGCAGCGGAUCUUGUGGAGGGACUCGCCGAGCGAACCUGUGCGCACCUUCAAACUCACUACGGUGACGUACGGAACGGCGUCGGCGCCCUACCUGGCCACGAAAUGCUUGCGCACGGUCGGAGAAGAGGUGGAAACCACACAUCCGCUGGCGGCGAAGACCAUCAAGCAUGACUUUUAUGUCGACGAUAUGCUCUCGGGAGCCGAUUCGAUCGAGGAAGCGCAGAAGCUGGUUGGAGAGACCAGCGAGCGGCUGAUGGCGGCCGGGUUCCUGCUCAGGAAGUGGCGAAGCAGCGACAACGCCGUGCUGGAAGCCAUCCCCGAGGAGCUACGAGACGAAGGAGGUGCGAAAGAGUUGGAUUCGUCGACUGCCGCUGUGAAGACACUGGGUCUGCUGUGGGACUCGAGCAGCGAUGAGUUCAAGUUCAAAACGCCGACGUGGAAUGCCGCUACGGUAUUCACGAAACAGACGGUGCUGUCAGACACAGCACGCAUUUUCGAUCCCGUUGGACUGGUCGGACCAGUUGUUGUGAUCGCCAAGAUCUUCCUCCAGAAGCUGUGGAAGAAAGGAGUCGAUUGGAAAGAGCCGUUGCCAGAAAAUCUUGUGCACAUUUGGGAGGAGUUUCGACGAAACAUGAUGAGCUUUGACAACAUCGCUGUGCCACGCACCUGGAGCAACGGUGGCGUGUCGGUCAACCUGCUGACGUCGAAGACUAAGGUGGCGCCGAUGACCGACUUGAAGCGACGAACCAAGGAGGAGACGAUCCCGCGACUGGAGUGCUCGUCAGGACUGCUGAUGUGCCACUUGCUGCAGAAGAUACGCCCACUGUUUCCGGUCGACAUCGAGAUCCAUCUGUGGACGGAUUCGAUGGUCGUAAUGAGUUGGCUGGCGUCCGCACCAUCUCGCUGGAAUCCAUUUGUGGCAAACCGCGUGUCGGAGAUGCAGCACCUGGCAAAGGUGUCUGGCACCACGUACCCGGUGUGGAAAACCCGGCGGAUCUGCUGUCUCGAGGCAUGA